GUUAUAAACCUCUGGGACGGGGCUCACGGGCUGAUCGCAGGUGGCGGAGCAGGUCGCCCGAGGCAACGUGUACACGUACACGUACACCCCCGACCCGACCCGACCCGACCCGACGCUAUGGCCACGCGGCGGAGCAGGUGGGCAGCGCCGGUGCUCGCACUCGGACUGUUCCAGCUGUGUCUUGGGUCGCAGAACAGCCAGGUGUGCGACCCCAAAGUGACGGGCACCAUCUACGACUACGGUGCGGUGACCCUGAACGGCAGCCGUUACAUGCCCUUCAACGAAUACAGGGGCAAGACGGUGCUCUUCGUCAACGUGGCCACCUACUGAGGACUGACCCUCCAGUACCUCGAGCUGAAUGCACUACACGAGGAGCUCAAGGACAAUGGGUUCACCAUCCUCGGCUUUCCAUGCAACCAAUUUGGAAAACAGGAACCUGGGAGUGACCAGGAGAUCUUGUCGGGCCUCAUGCACGUCCGCCCGGGAAAUGGGUUUCUUCCUAACUUCGUGUUGUUCCAGAAGGGAGAUGUGAACGGACUUAAUGAACAAAAGGUCUACACUUUCCUGAAGAAUUCGUGCCCUCCUGUUGGAGAGAGCUUUGGUAACCCCACCGGCCGGCUCUUCUGGGAGCCCCUCAAGGUCAACGACAUCAAGUGGAACUUUGAGAAGUUCCUCGUGGGGCCCGAUGGAAAGCCCGUCAUGCGCUGGUUCCCAAGGGUCAGCGUCUCCGACGUCAGAGCCGACAUCCUGCGCUACUUCAGCCUUGUCCACCAGCAGCAGCAGCAGCCAUACUACAUCCCCUUCCGGCCUUAGGCUGGAAGCUUCAGCUUUACUCGUUCUCGACUCUGCUACGUGCUCUCGUGUGCUGCCGCCGCCACUGUAUUGUCUUUCCUCCUCUCUCUCUCUCUCUGACAGAUGCACACCUGUGCGCAAAGCUGGUGUCGUUUAUGACGGGGAGGCUCGAAAGCAGCAAUCCUGCUGAGCCUGACCUGAAAGUGCGGCUCCCCAACAGCUCUUUGGUGCAUUCAAGCUGGCUGGGAGCUCCCGCAGAGCAACACCGACUUUGCAAGCACGUGGCCCGUCACUGUGAGCCGCUGCCCUAUCGCUCUUCAAUAAAACACACAAUACAACAGUCCUGGGCUCUGUGGCACUUUGUGUCCUCACGUCCUGUCCAAUCUCCUUCCCCACCUUGAACAGGUAACGUGUUCCUGGGAAAGGAUGGUCAUAAGAUCAACCCCCAUAAGUGGAGGGCAUAAUUACCAUUGGUUUCAGUGGUAACACUUGUGUUCCUUAGGCCAAAACCAAGACCAGUUUAUUCUAGAACAUGUCCAAAUCAUAUUAAAAUUGACAUAGUAA